AUGGCCUAUUACCUCCUCCCCCGCGACAUCAUCAACGAUGUCAAAUCAGCACCCGACACCUUCAGCAGUUGGGAUAAAUGUAUGCAAAAGGCCUACUGCAAAUGGCCUGCUAUAGUCGGAAUUGUGGUCGGCUCCCUCAUUCUCCUCUCCCUUAUCUGGUGCUUCGCCCGGUGUCUUUGCUGUGGUGCUGAACUCUGCGCAUGCUGCAUUCGUUGCUGUCCUUGCGCUUCUUCUGGCCGAAGGCGUGACAGGACUAAGUUUCAAGACGACUAUUCUCGUAUGCCUCCAACUCCUUAUGGGGGCUACCAGCCCGCUCCCGCUCCCAUGGCAUAUGGUGCCCAUCCCAUCGCUCCACAGUUUGCUACCUUCGAUGAGCCGAGCAGGAAGAUCAACGAGGACAGUCUGCCUCCUAUGCCUUCUUGGGACACUGCCGUCAAAAGGAGGGUCGAGGAUACAAGUGAACCUCUGAAUCCCGACAAAGAAAGGGAUUUGGAAAUGGGAAGACUCGAGCCGCAACAACCUCGCAUGAGAGGUGGUUACAAUACUGUACCCAAUGGUCCAACCUCGCCUGUACCACCACAAACGCAUGAAGAAUAUUUCGAUGAUACUCACUCGUACCAAGCGGACCUAGGUGCUCAAAGGAUCAACUCGAACAGCUAUAACAACUUCCAAUCUGUACCCUUGAGCCCGCCACCGACUUAUCGAUCGCACUCCGGUGCUCCAUCUAUUACAUCGGACAGAUUCAGGCCCGGUAUAGUCAGCCCUACCCCUGCGGAAUACAGUCAACCGUACCACCAGCCAUAUUCAUCCCCUCAGCCUUCAUAUACUCCGAGUGGAGGGAACACACGAUAUGACCCUCCAGCCGACUACUCACUCAACCGGAUAAGCAUGCCGAGCAUGCCUGAACAGCCUAAUACACAGUCGCAAUACCAAGCACGACCCCCAAGUUUUUUGCAAGUCGGACGCAAACCUGUUCACGGCAGUCUAAGAGAGGUUUGA